AUGAUAGAUCGCUUACAUCCCAAACAAGAGAACACGCAAAAAACACAAUCGGAGACAGCGGACUGUCCUCGACACACGAGGAGAAACGUUUUGUUAUAUGUAAUUACAGUUUAUAAAACAUUACGUGUCGACAUCCGCACGGACCUCACUGUGUGGAGUUAUGUGUACAAGCUUUACAAGACUGGACACCUCAAACUUAAAACCAACGCAUGCGGCCGGUCACAGGUGUUCAAGCCUCCCUCGGACGAUUAA